CACGUGGUCUGGUGUCGUGGGUCACCCUUUGCAAAAUGGAGUUGUCUGAGUCUGUGCAGAGAGGGUUACAGUCUCUAGCCGACCUGUCCGUCUUCGACCAGAGCGGCUUCCAGGUGCUGGUAGACGCGUCUUUCCGGAGUCUGCUCUCCUCUCACGCGGACCCCGGAGUCCUCGAUCAGCCCGAGUUUAAGCGGAUCGACCAGAUCCUGCUGAAACAGAGUCACACUGCAGCGACCACCUUCAUACUGGAGGCGGUCAAACAAAACGCAGAUAAGUCAACCAUAAGCUCCUGCCUUGAAGAACUUACAUUCAGUGCAGAGAGAAUAGAAAUAUUCUAUAGUGCAUAUCAGAAACAUAAAAAAGAACUGGGACGUCUAUUAGCAAGCAUAGGAAGGCGAGCACCUCAGAUUAACGACGUUUCAUGGCGUCUGCAGUACCACACGAAGAACGGACAGGUCGAUAAGGUCAACGAGCCUUUCUACUCGAUUUCACUGAACGCGGAGAACGAAGGAUCCUCGGAAGAUAUCAACUUCACUUACGUGGAGCAGCUACAGGAUUUGGUGGGAAAGUUGAAAGACGCUGCCAAGAGUGUGGAGAAAGCCAGUCAGAUGUGAUGCCGGUGUCCAGUUUCCUCGCCCUGAACUUCACCGGUUUCCAGCGGCAUUGUUUCCUCUUCUUCAUUUUCUAACUUGAUUUGUGCCUGAGAUUGACAUGACAUGUAUGAGACAAUUAUCAUUCCAAUUUGUGUUUCAAUUAAAACCGAAAAAUAAAAUCCUCCUUCUACUUUGA